CCCAAUCCCGACUCCAGAGGUCAGGUCAAUUACCGCAUCGCGCGGUCAGAUUUGUGAUCCGGACGGAGAUCAUGGCGAAGUGGCCAUCUGCAGGUCUGCGCGGACGGAGGAGAGUCGACUGUUACGCGCUGCACACUCUAGGCGCACGAGACGGGCGACGUUUACCACGGCCGGGUCUCGCGUUCCUCCCCGCGCCGAGAUGCCCUCCCUUCCGCUCAAGCGCUGCUGUCACACCGCCGCUGCUGUGAUCCUGCCUCGAAUCGCGGAAUCGCUUGGUGUAAUCACCGCCGUCGACCAUGCUUGGACACCGACGGUCGUGAUUGCCUGCGGGAGAUGGGCUUCGGCCCUCGCGAUUGCUGCCGUUCCUCGCGUCUUCAAAUAGGUCCGGCCUUACGAGCUUUCAAUCAUAGCGCACUGGCCGUUCGAUUGCAGCGCGUACGGAUCAUUUCCCUCCUCGCCAUUCUUCGGCAGUCCUUGCGGCUCCCUUCCCAUUGAUUUCGCGCCAUGGCUCUCCUCCCUCCGCUGCGCCUCCGUCUCGCGCUUCUCAUCGCAGCAAUCGCUGCGUGCUUCGGCCCCCUCGCGACAGUAUCGGGAGCGGCUCUAGCGGGUCCGUCGUGCGUGAGCGACUUCCCCCGGCUGUGCAAGUUUGUGGACGAUCUGCGGCCGUCCAUCCCCGAGCAGAUCGACGCCAGCACGGGCGCGCCCAUCCGCAUCGGCGCGUACCAGAUCCGCCAGAAGCUGCACCGCGACCUGCCGCCCACCAAGCUGUACGCUUAUGGGCAGAGCGCCAGCAGCGCGCACUACCCUGGCCCCACGCUCGUGGCCAAACGGGGCGUGCCCACCCAGGUGUACUGGGAGAACCACCUCACGGACCGCCACCACAUGUUCCCGGUGGACUACACCUUGGGGGACGUGGCUCGUCCACUGCUAGGCGGCAUCCCCAUAGUGACCCACCGGCACGGGGGCGAGCAGGCGUCCUUCUCGGACGGGCAUCCCGAGGCGUGGUUCACGCAGUACAGCGAGGUGGGGCCCGCCUUCCGCACGCGUCUGUACCGGUACCCCAACCACCAGCUGCCCGCCACGCUGUGGUACCACGACCACGCCAUCGGCAUCACCCGUCUCAACGUGGCGGCCGGCCUUGCUGGCUUCUUCAUCCUCACGGACCUUAGGGGCGUCGAGAGAACCCUGGGGUGGCUGCCCACUGGGGAGUUCUGUGUGCCACUGGCGCUGUCGGACCGGCGGUUCUACGCCAACGGGUCCAUUGACUACCCCACCGAGGGGGUGCUGCCCCGCGUGCACCCGCACUGGGUGCCGGAGUACAUUGGCGACACCAUCCUCGUCACUGGCAAGGUGUGGCCGUACCUGAACGUGAGGAGGGCGCUCUACCGCUUCCGAGUGCUGGGAGCGGCCAACACGCGCUUCUUCAACCUGCGCUUCGUGUGCGCCACCAAGCGCAACUACCCCGACUUCACUCCCCCUUUCACCGGGGACCAGCUGCCCAUCAUUGUGAUCGGCUCCGACGGCGGGUACCUGCCACGCCCCGCCACAGUGACCUCGCUGCUGGUAUCCCCCGGGCAGCGCUACGACAUCCUCGUCGACUUCUCCUCGCUUCGCUCCUCCUGCGCUGACGUCAUCCUCACCAACGACGCCCCCUCGCCCUUCCCUGCGGGCGAGCCGGUGACAAACGACACGGCGGUGGUGAUGCGCUUCAUCGUUGAUAUGAAGAGCGACGUGCUGCCCGCGCCGACUAUUCCCAGGAGGCUCGUGUCGGUGCCCCCCAUCAGCACUUCGCAGGUGGUGUUGGAGCGGUGGAUCACAGCUGUGGAGAUCACGGACCCCGCCACUGGGCUGCCCAUCCGCCUGGAGCUCGGUGGAAGGCUCUACAGCGACCCGCCCACUGAGACGCCCAGGGAGGGCUCGGAGGAGCUGUGGCAUGUGAUCAACACGACGCCCGACGCCCAUCCCAUCCACCUGCACCUCAUUCAGCACCGCCCCGUCUCGCGCCGCCCCUACGACGUGGCGGCUUUCACCAGCGGCGUGUGCUCCUUCACCAACGCGUCCCUGCCGUCAUGCUUCACGGGCAGGGCGCAGCGCGUGGGGGCGUAUGAGAGGGGCUGGAAGGACACCACCAUCCUGCCGCCCGGGACAGUGCUCACGCUCUGGACGCCCUGGUACUCCCAGGAUGGUACGCCCUUCCCGUUCGACCCCACGCGUGGCCCCGGGUAUGUGUGGCACUGCCACAUUCUGGAGCACGAGGAUAAUGAGAUGAUGCGCCCGCUCAUCAUCACCAAGUGACGUAUCCUCCCAGAGUGAAAUGGCACUUCGGAAUGCCAUGGCCCAUUAAUGAUGGUUGCAGCUUCUCCUCAUUCCCUAGUGCUGCAAUAAGGGCUUGGUUGGUACCGUAUUCCCCCGUAUAAAGCACCCUAGGGUGGUAACCAAAAUGCCUCUAAAUUUUGAGGAGGGUGUAAUUAGAGGCUAAUUUUGUAUAACGCCUGGGUGUUGUGGAACAUGCGUAUGUGAUAUUGUUUUUCCUAAACAAAGUGUUGGAAAUAUCUCAAAGGACUUACGCGUUUCUGAAGUGUAACGCUACACUCGAGGAAGAUCGCAACGGGUACGCGAGUCAACG